UGUUUACGCUUUUCAUUGUGGGAGGAAGAGAUUGAUUUGCGUUUGUCUUUGAAGGAAGAGACACUAAAAGCGAAAAGAGAGAAAAGGAGAAAAUCAGCCGCCGCCAUUGCCAUUGCCAUUGCCAUUGCCUUCGCCGACUCCGACGCCCAUUUUCCAUCAGCAUCGGCAGCUGUGAUUUACUGUCUAUAUAUAAUAUAACCAUAAUCUAUGCCAGUCCCAGCCUUUGGGUAUUCUUUUAUUUCCUUAUGAACGCCUUGGACAAGCCGUGUUGCUCCUCUUCCUCCUCCUCUUCCAAUCUCAGCCGCUUCAUUGCCGGCCUCUUAAUCUCCCUUCUCUUCCAUUCAUUCCAGCUGAUUUCUAAUUUCCUCACUCCUAUACACCCGUAAUUCUUCGUUUCUAAUCCAUGGAUCUGCUCCGCUUCCAAGGCAUUGAGAGGCAGGAGGAGGCAGCAGUUCCCUGUGUCAUUGUGAUAGGAGGUGGUGUUUCCGGCCUUGCUGCCGCUCGGACUCUGACUGAUGCUUCUUUCAAGGUAAUCCUGUUGGAAUCACGAGAAAGACUUGGUGGUCGCAUCCAUACUGAUUUCUCUUUUGGUUGCCCCGUGGAUAUGGGAGCUUCAUGGCUACACGGGGUAUGCAAUGAGAAUCCCUUAGCUCCAUUAAUAUCCUCUCUGGGCCUUAAAUUGUACCGUACUAGUGGUGACAAUUCUGUGUUGUAUGACCAUGAUUUGGAAAGUUAUACACUUUUUGAUAUGGAUGGCCGUAAAGUUCCACAAGAGAUUGUUGUUGAAGUUGGAGAUGUAUUCAAGAGAAUACUCAAAGAGACUGAGAAAGUACGGGACGAACACAAGAAGGACAUGUCAGUCCUUAAAGCAAUAUCAAUUGUGCUAGAUAGGAAUCCUGAGUUAAGACAAGAGGGACUUGCCUAUGAAGUGAUGCAGUGGUACAUAUGUAGAAUGGAAGCUUGGUUUGCUGCAGAUACAGAUAUGAUAUCCUUGAAAUGCUGGGAUCAGGAACAAGUCCUUUUGGGUGGUCAUGGACUUAUGGUGCAGGGUUAUGACCCCAUAAUAAAAGAACUUGCUAAAGAUAUUGAUGUUCGCUUGAAUCAUAGGGUUUCUAAAAUAUCCAGAGGAUGUGAUAAGGUGGUGGUCAAAGUUGAGAACGGAUUGAGCUUCAUUGCUGAUGCUGCUAUAGUAACUGUACCCCUCGGGGUUCUUAAAGCCAAUUUGAUUCAGUUUGAACCAAAGUUGCCAGAGUGGAAGGUUGCUGCAAUUUCAGAUAUUGGUGUUGGUAACGAAAACAAGAUUGCCUUACUAUUCGACCGAGUCUUUUGGCCAAAUGUUGAGCUGUUAGGCAUUGUUGCACGCACUUCUUAUUCUUGUGGUUAUUUUCUCAAUCUUCACAAGGCAACAGGCCAUCCUAUUCUUGUCUAUAUGGCUGCUGGAAGAUUUGCUGACGAUCUCGAGAAGUUUUCUGAUGAAUAUGCUGUGAAAUUUGUGAUGUCACAGUUGAAGAAAAUGUUUCCUGAUGCAACUGAGCCGGUACAAUAUCUGGUGUCACAUUGGGGAACAGAUCCAAACUCCCUUGGCUGUUAUUCAUAUGAUCCAGUCGGGAUGGCAGGAGAUGUGUAUGAUAAGCUUAGAGAACCUUUGGAUAAUCUUUUCUUUGGAGGGGAAGCAGUUACCGAGGAGCACCAAGGGUCGGUGCACGGAGCUUACUCUUCUGGAGUCCUGGCUGCCAGAAACUGUGAGAACCAUCUCUUAGAGAGAUUAGGUGACUUUAGAAAGCUCCAGCUGAUCUCCUUUAGUGGUGAUGCAUUAUUAGAACCCAUAUUUCCUCUCCAGAUAUCUAGGAUGUGAACUUUAUUUUACCCAUUACAAAGACUUGAGUGAGUUGUCUUGAUUUUCUAAUUAGAUUUAAAAAAUAAAAUCCAACAUGUUAAAAUAUUAUCAUAUACUGUAUCACUAAAUGUGACUACUGCUUUCAAUUUCCAUCCCCAAAAGGUGGAAGAAACUAAAUUUCAGAUGUUUGAUAGAUAUGCAAGACAUGCUAUUCAUAUU